GGCUAUUCCGUUGUCGAAGUGAUAUAAUAAUUAUAAUAAACGUAAAACCCCCUUUUCCACCAAAAAGUCACCGCAGCACAGCUCGAUCAAUCAAACCAAACCCCUCUUUUUAUUUAUUUAAAAAACCCUUCAAUUUCCCCCAAAUUCUUCUCUCUCUCUUUCCCAAAUUUGGAAACCCUUAUUGUAAUCAAAUCAAUGCUACAUUAACCCCCCCAAUUUCUACAAACCCUAGUUUCAUCCUCCUUAAAUUAUUUGUAAAUGAACGAUUCUACUGAAGCUAUGGAUGUUUUUGAGUUCAAAGCAGAAGAACAACCUCCAGAAAUCGAAGCUAAUAAGUUUUGCAGCACUCAAAAUGGUGCACCAGGAACCAAUGUAAACUCGAAGGAGACUGGUGAUGAACUAUCUGUAGACACUGAAGCAGCUGACAGUGAUUUCAAUGGUAAUCGUGCUCUCUCAAGUCUGGAUGUGGAAGGUUGCAGUGAUGAGAGAAUGCUGAGAUUGGGUAGCAUGCCAAAGAUUACCUCAACAAACAAAAGUCGGUAUCCUGCUAGAGAGCCUAACAAUCGUAUAGGUGCAAGUUUCUUGGAAGGCAGUUCAUAUAGUGGGACAGCUUCUCAAGAGAUUUUCUCUGGAUCUCCUUCCAAUGAUGAAUCAGUUGGUGCGGUUUCUGAUGUUGAAGAAAGCAUAAGUGAGGAAUCGGCAUCAUACUCAUCUGCCACUCCAGAAAACCAUGACAUCUUUGAUGGACCAUUAUCAAAUCACCGCUUUGACCACUGGGAAAUGUUUGAAAACAAGCCAAUUGUUUUCUAUCCCGAUUAUCUCUAUUAUCAAGGAACAUCCUAUGCAGUGACAGAUGCUACAGUAACCUUUACCAGUAAUUUUGUUGAGGUCAAAGGCUCAACAAUGAAUGAGAAUUCAGGAGCUUUUUGCAUUCGCUUUGAAGUUGAGGACAUAUUCCAAAUUCAACCUCAUUUGUCAGGAAGGUUUGAUGUGGCUGUGUUUAAGAUCCAUGUAUAUAAAAGAUCAACAACACAAGGUGAAAAUGCUCACGAGACGUCUGGUAUUGAGGAGAUGGAGUUUGCUGUUAAUGAUUUUGACUUGUCUGAGAAAUGUGAAGCAAUUCAAUCUUUGGAUGGCUACAAGGCAGUGUGGAACUACCACAAUGAGAAUGAAGAAUGGAGGGAGAAUUCACAUGGGGUAACAUCAAAUCAGCAACCUAAGAAAUAUUUUCCAAGUUAUGGUGAGUCGCUUGAAGAAGUUAUUUAUCCUAAAGGAGAUCCUGAUGCUGUUUGCAUUAGUAAGAGGGACUUUGAUCUUCUGGCACCAGAUACAUUUGUCAAUGAUACAGUUAUUGAUUUCUACAUAAAGUAUUUAAAGAACGGAAUUCCACCAGAGAAGAGGCAACAAUACCAUUUCUUUAACUGUUUCUUCUUUCGAAAGUUGGCUGAUAUGGAUAAAGAUCCUAGCAGCGCAUUUGAUGGCCGUGCUGCUUUUUUGCGUGUCCGUAAGUGGACAAGGAAAGUGGACUUAUUUGAUAAGGACUUUGUAUUCAUUCCAGUAAAUUACAAUUAUCACUGGAGUCUGAUCGUCAUAUGCCAUCCUGGUGAAGUGGCUAACUUUACGGAUGAUGACACUGCAGUGAGCUCAGCCAAAGUACCAUGUAUAUUACACAUGGAUUCUUUUAGAGGAAGUCAUGUGGGUCUCAAAGAUCUUCUGCGAAGCUACCUCUGCGAGGAAUGGACAGAGAGGACAAAGGAAACAUCUGAUGUUGUCUCCUCAAAAUUUCGAAAUUUGAGAUAUAUCGGUCUUGAGCUACCUCAACAACAAAAUCUAUCGGACUGUGGUCUUUUCUUGCUACACUAUGUGGAGAAGUUUUUGGAGGAAGAUCCUGCUGGUAUCAGUCCAUAUAGGAUAAAAGACUACCACAAUGAAUUUCUCAGCAUAAACUGGUUUCAACCUCAUGAGCCUUCUAUAAAGCGCAGUGCAAUCCAAAGACUGAUCAGUAACCUACUCCAGAACCUUUCCCUAGAAAAUUCUCCCUCUUGUGUGAGUAAUAGUUUCUUUCCUGAAGGUGGUCUCAAGAUAAGCAAUGAUGAUGAAAAUGCUGUAGAAUUAGUAUCUGAGCAGCUUGGUUCAUCAAAGAGUUCAGACAAUUUACCACAUUCUCAAGCUAAUGAGAUAGACCCAUUUCCUACUUCCUCUCUCACGGGUGUUUGCGCUAGUGAUUCAGGCUUUGGUUUAAAUGGAUCUUUCGAGUCUGAAUCUGAUGAAACAUUGCUUGACAUGCGCUUUGGUCAUUCAGCAUCUUUUAACGAGUUCAGGAGUUCAUUGCCACCAAUACAGGAAGAGGUAGAAGAUGGAGAUCAUCUUUUGUACACGGCAACUGAGACUGGCCUCCAGCAUCUGGGUGGGAAUGGGUCUGAACCCUGUGCCCUUUCCUAUUCAUCUGGGUCUCUUGCUGCGGAAACUUCCUGGAUCCCAGGUGUGUCAGUUGUCCAAGAUGUGGACGGGGAGGAGUUGGACUCAUCACCAACUACUUCAGUCCAUGACACUGAGAAUCCAUUGGAAGUUGAGGUCGUAGAACCAUGCAAAGUGGAUCGAGAUAUGAGUUCAGAUGAGAAAAUAGAUCAUCUAAGCUCGACGGCUGCCGAUAAUAUUGACUGUUUGGUUGAUGGACAUGCCACUUCUGGCGAGCUGCUGGAUAUCACUUUGGCACAAUGCUCUGUCGAGACACAUGAUAACAGUGGUACUGGUCCUUUCACCUCUGGCCAGGAGAACCUUCGUGAUGAUAUCCAUGGAAAUGGCGACCUCGCCUGUAAAAGCUUGCUGCUCAUUGGUCGUGGUUCUGGUUCAGAGGCAGAUCCUCAACAGAAUGUGAAAAGGAGGCGGCUUACACCCUUGGACGAAGGGGAAGUAGCAUUUAGAAAUAGCGUGUCACAUGAUCUGCAUUUGUAGAUUGACCUAUGGGAGUUUUAUCAAGCAUUCUUUGCUCUCAUGGCACUAGGAAUACAAGAUUAUUUGUUAGCUGACCUUAUCCUGUGAAUAGCUUUUAGUGGGUUGUCUGUACACCCAACAUCUAAAUUUUUGUAAAUGCUAAUAGCUGCCUGAUAUACAGAGCUAUUUGGACGGAUCAUAACGGUACUCUUGUUUUAGUUUCUUAUCUAUGUGAAACUAACGUAUUGCUCGGUUGCUUUCGAUAA